GCAAAGGUGUGUAAAGGCAAUGUCACAUGAUAAAAACGCGAUAGGAAAUAAAAUCAUGUUAGUGAAUUUUUAGCAUUUCUUUUAACCAAUUAUGAAAUAUUUCAAUUAAUCAAAAGAUGACAAUAUGAAGGUCGACAGAAACCACGCAGUGAUUGCUGCAGUUAUUGUGAGCACACUAUUGAAAAUCACCAAAAGCUAUUAUACCGAUUGCCAGUUCCGAUUCCAUAAUGAAAUUGAUGAGAGAGACGGAUACAUUUUAAAAGCAUUCAACCUCGGUGAACUUGAUAUGGUUAAAUUUGAAAUUAAUCUAGAUAAGUUUACUCGAAGGUAUAUCUUGAUUAAUGAUAGUUUUGAAACCAAUCCACUCUCAGAACAAUCCGACGUUGUUCAAUAUGGUUUAACGAAUUAUUUCCUCGUGAAUAAUGCUGGUUUAAUUAUCCUUGGAUACCCAAGUAAUGUAGAAGCUCUCUCGUUAUGGACACUGUCCAAAGGAAUACAAACGAUACAGCUCAAUAUUAGCCUAGAUACUUACUGCGUAUCAGGGAUAGAAACAAUGACGUCGGAUAUCUUGACACUUUUAAAGAAUGACUUUGCAUUCAUCAAAGGCUUGAUAUCUGACAAAAAUCACCAAAUAUGUGUUUUUGACUUAAGCGCUAGUGAUAGAAAUUACAUGGAACAAACAAUAUUUACAUUCCCAUAUUAUACACAUGAUGUAUAUAGAAAAAAAUGUCAAAAGUUUGAAUGUGCGAAUACAAGUUGUACUGAUAUAUUUGUGGACGACUCUAGUUUAAGUGAUGUCAUAUUGAUAGCAGCAAUUUUGAUCCCAAUAAUUUAUCCACUUUUUGGGUUUCUAUUUCCUAUUAUGCUGUCCAACCCCGGGGAAAAUCCACAUCUUUAUUUUGAAAAAGGUGAAUGUCCAUUUGCCCCGAGGCGUAUAUUUCUUCAUGUAGCAAAAUUUUCAAUGAUUACGGGAAAAAUUCUAUACCUCUUUAUUUUUCUGACUUGGUUGUCCGCAUUGAUAUUCUGUCAAUACCAGCUAUCAAAAGAUAAUCUUCCCGAAGGAUUUCUUCAAUUUGCUGAUUCACAGCUACAGUGGUAUAUGUGGAGAACAGAAUAUUGGUCAACAUUUGGACAAUUUUCAUAUUUCUGUAUUCCAUAUUUGCUAUGUAUUAUUUCGGUUAGAAUCCUGAAAGAAAUAUUUGGAAAUGAAGAACGGGCUCUAUUUUACAAGAAGUUUUUAAUUCUAUCAUGUAGAUCAGAUUCUUCUCGGGCAGAUUUGGAAAAGUGUUUCCCAUACAUACAUUUUAUCUCGGUUGUGGACACGCCUAUUGCUGAUUGUUCGGUGUCACAUUACCUAUGGACAUAUUCUGCUUUUUUAUAUAAUACAAGACUCUUCUCGCUGUUCAGUUUUCGCAUGUGGUUGGUAAUUUUGAAACGUUCAUGGCAUAUCUCUGCAAACAGUAAGUUCUUUAUCAAAGUUUUUCAAUGUCUUUUGGUAUCUCCGAUCAUUUUUGCUUUUAACUGUUUCAGCUUUGUUUUACAGUGUACUUUGGUUAGCAAUUCUGUUUUCGGUGGUAAAUUGUUCGUUCUAUUCAUGGUAGCGGACAUGUUCUACUAAAAAAUCAGCAGUAAUAAAGGGCAUAUACUCAGUUUGUUAAUAUUUGUUACAUGGUCUCUUGCGGUCUUGGGUUGUCUUUAUGAAGUGUGUGUUGUCAUUGUUAUUAGUCCAACAGUAACUCUAUUACAUGGCCUUGUUUUCACCUUCGUCGGAAUUGCACACAAUCUUGAUUAUUAUGCUCCAUAUCUGCUUGUUUUUGCUGUUGGGUUACAGGAAAUCAUAUGUACAUACCGUUAUAUACAACAAAAGAAUAAGAUGAUUUUAGACAAUAUCUUUGAUUGUUUAAAGGAAGAUUUGCCAGUGUUUGUAAAUGCUUCUUGUACAAUAGCAGAACCAAUGAGACUUCCAGUCGAAAUUUAUGAUACCAUACGCAGGCAAGUGUUUCCCGUUAGAGAGUGUUUGACGGACAUUUUCUUAAAAGUGAAGUCCCUUUCCUUCUUUUACGCAAUUGCUUUUAUUCAUAUAUUCAGUUUUUGCAGUGACCGUGGCUCUAGUGCGUCAGUAAAUGUUCUUGAGUAUAUAUUUGUCUUUGACUUUCCAAUAUAUCUAAGAGAAUUAUUCAAAGGAGAUCAAAGUGGUAAGGUUGAUUUGAAAACAAAGGUUCAGAAAGCUGUGAAUGGGUUAGUAGCGGAUAUGAUUGUAUCUGAUGCCCCUACUCGAGUUGUCCAAAAUGAACAUACACCAUUAAUAUCCGGUAGAGCAAGACGAACAUGACAAUACAUGUUCCAAAAUUUAUUUGGGAUUGACCACCUUUUUGCAGUCAGCAAUGCCUUAACUUUUGCUAACAAGAUGAUGUUUACUUUAUUCUUUUGCGUAAUUGUGUUGAAGUUUAUAUUGUAUAUUGUUCAAAAUUUUAACACACAUGUAUCAUUGUGCUAUACAUAAAUAUUCUAAGUCUUAUUCAGGAAAUAAGAAGUUUUCAUAAGUGAUUUAACGCAGAAAAAAAGCCGUGUUCUGAGUUCUUAUACGUAAGAAUAUAUCGCGAAGUCCCAAAGCCGUUUUACGCUAGUUUUACACUAGUAUUUGCAUACGUCACGUGACUUUCAUUCAUAAAAAGAAUUGCACGCUGGGGUUUGGUGGUAAACAGAACAAUCCCUAGCACGCGCAUGCGUUAUCACAAAAAAAAACGUUGAGUGGUUUUCUUCUAUGCAUAUGUAAGUUAUUUGCUGGUCGUGUUAGAAUUUUGUUUUAUAUUUGUACGUUUUAAAUCCUAUUAUUGUGAACUAUAUAUGUAUGUGUGGAGAUGUCCCUCUGACAUCCAUGAAAUGUGAAAAUUAAAAAUUUUUCGCAUGACUCAUUCAUCAAAACCUCUUCACUAUUUCUACGUACAUCUUCAGCACCAGAUGAAGAGAAUAUUAAAAGAGAGUAUUAAAAAAUGACUGCUUUUGGAAAAUAACUAUACUGCAAACUCCAUUCUCUUUUUUCUGCUUUAUCUAGAUAAGUAAAAUAUAGGCAAUAACAUUUUGCAAACUAAUAAAUCUAUGCUACUCUUUAAUCAAGAGUAUAAACUGUUUCGUCUGUGAAUAUAUUUAUUCUUUUGCUUGUUGUGAGUAUAUAUGUUGCUUUCCCUUUUAUGAUAUUUUUACGUAAUGUUUUAAUGUAUUCUAUUUCAAAUGUAUGUUACUUCGUAGUCUAUAUGUUUUAAAGGUGUAAAUUAUUGUUGAUUUUGAAUCGGGAUAAAUAUAUUUUAGUUAUGCAUAUCUUUCUUCUGCGUUAAAUUACAUCUUCCGCACCAGAUAAAGAGAAUUGCAUAUCUAUGAAAGAAAAACAAAAUGUUCUUUGUGUAUUAAUAUAUGAAGUGUUUUGAAUGCUAGUUAUGGGUAUAUUUGUUGUCGUGUCUUUACGGUACCCCCUUCUUUAUUGCCUUUAUGUAAUGAUGUUUUAAUGUACAUGUAUUUAUUUAAAAUGUAUGUUAAUUUACAUCGUAUUCUAUAUGCUUUAAUAGUUGAUUUUGAAUCUGGAUGAAUAUGUUUUAGUUAUCAUUAUCUCUUUUUUCAGCGUCCGAUUCGUGUUUAGAUUUUUAUUCAUUUUUCAGAUUGCAAACUUGUUCAUAAUAAAUAGUGUAAUUUCUUCAAAAUAAAUGAAAGCAAAUAGAAAAUAACUUUGUAUUACAAAAAUGUAUAACUUCUGAUUCUUUGCGUAACAGGUGUACUGUUCUUUUUACUCUUAACAAUCUAAUACUAUCUGAAUAUAGUGUAACAUCAUGCGUUUAUGUGUGCUCCCUCAAACGGAUAAGGGGAUAUAAUAUUAACAAGACAAAUCGAUUUAUCAAAACCUGAGAACAAUUAUUAAGGCCACAAUAAACCAGAGAGAAUUACCUAUUCCCUGCCACUACUUUAAUUACUUUAAUUUCAUCUGACUUGAGUCUUUGAUAUUGGAAUUUUUUAAAGUUAUUGGAUCAACGAGUAAGCACUUAACACUUAGGUGUUUGCUAAGUAAUAUCCUAUACGUUACUCGAGGUGUAUUUCUAAAAUUUAGUUUUAUCUUUAGACAAUUAUAGCGAGCGUCAAACAGAAUUUAACAAAGUUAAUUCAACCUAUUGUAUAUUUAUACUCCUUAUACGAGUACUAUACACCAUUUUUAAAACGGCACACUAUCAUGUGAAUGAUUUGAAUAUUUUAAACAUGUAAAUGUGUUGCGCAUUUUUCAGGAAAGCAAGUAUGUGCACAUUGUUUUUAAUUCAAUAAAGGUUUGAUAAUUUCAAUCUACUUGCAUACACGUUUGGUUAUAAUUUUUUUGCACACCGGACUGGAGUUUCUGGUGAUUUUGCACAAGCCUCGUUACCGCCCAAUGCGCAUGUGCCCUAGGGACGGAUAUUUCUAUGCGAUUAGUAAACGCAUGACAUGUAUCAUUAUUCUUGCGUACCAAGCGGGAAACGGCAAGGCGAGAUCACCUUAUCUUUUCCCUACACGUGUGAAUUUGACGUCAUAAUUCGACAUUAUAUUAUGACGUUAUAGUGUAUGAGCGGUUUUUGAUUAACAAUAUCUUUGAAAAUGUUGUAAUAAAAUAAACGGCUGCUAACCUGUCAAGCUAGCGCUCGAAUUUCAAUUUCACGUUGUCUCUCGGAUUUGGAAAAAGUAAUGUCUUACACUGAAAGUCAUGUAAGAGCCUUAUAGUGAAACUCUUAACUUACACAUAGUCUAAUGUUGAAAUUAUAUCUGAUUUAAUAAGUAACCAGUGACUAAAGAAGUAAAAGCUAAUGAUAAAUAUUUGUAAAACAUGUGCAUAUGUUAAGUUCAGAAUGCGGAGAUUUGUAUCUAAAUAACUGUCUUGUA